ACUCAAAAAUGCAAUAAAAGCUGACUGAAAGCGUGUAAAUACACAAUUAAAUAGGUGCAUGGAGUGGUAUAUACCUGUGUACAUUCAUACACAUACACUUUCCAGUAAUGAUUCUCUAUGGAGAGGAUUGUACAUAUAGGCUUCUCUCACAAUCACUGGAAAUAAAUUUACAUAAAAUCAAUCCUACUAUUUUUGGUGCAAUUGAUUUCGAAAAUAAUUAUUUGCAGUGGAAUUAAUUAACUUAUUUUUUCUGAUCUCGUGUAAAUAGUAGAAGGAUUAUUCAUAAACAAUUAAAGUAUUUCAUUGUUUAUUCAAAGAAAUAUUGUUUUCGAUGACAGUCAAAUCAUAGUACAUUCAAAUCUAAAUUUAUAAUCACAGUAUAAUGAAAAAGUUUUAACAUUUUGAUGUAAGCAUGAAUAAAGAAAAGUGAUCAUAAACUUUCAAUACAUUUUUAUUUUAUUUUUUACUGAAAAAUCCAUAUUACUAGAGCAAACGAAGUUAUGUUCAGUGGAAACUGAUAAGUGUACAUAAAAAGUAAAUGUUCACAAUCUAAUUACACUAUCCUAUAAAUUCCAACUAUAUUAUUUUAAAUAUGCGUUGGACAGUGUUGUUAACAUUAUUGUAAAGUUACUCGAAUGUCCCGCCAUUUAAAAUGUAGUUCGCACGUACGACUAAAGGGGUACGUGAUCUUUAAUCGACAUCGCAAAAUUCCAGUCUAUAUAAUCUUACUGGUGAUUUGUAUUAGCCUUAACGGAGAUUCGGAAAAUGUACAUCUUUGUUCAUGACUAGCAAUAAACAGGAGAAAUUGUAUUGCGGUCUGAUCUUGUGUUUUCGUUAAGAACAUUCCCGCCACGAAGUGACUCGAUGCGUGCACCACGAUAGAAAAUUUCUGUCUUCGUUUAAUAAUCGUAAUAUCUAAUACUUGUUAUUAAGUGUUGACUCGUUCGUGCGGUUGUUCCAACUUAUUAAUGACUUUCGAACUUUAACACACAAUCAAGAAUAAUGGGUAUUGGCCUCAAACCAUUAGAGUUUACGGAUUGCUUAACCGAUAGUCCCUAUUUUCGAGAAAAUCUUCAUUAUCAUGAACGUGAAUUGGAGAAGACCAGCCAACAGAUUAAACGGCUCAUCAAAGAGGUCAAAGAUCUUUUGCUAGCUGCCAAAAAUUUGUCCAGAGCCCAGAGAGCAUUUUCCAAGACAUUGCAGAACUUUAGUUUUGAAUGUAUCGGAGAAACACAAACUGAAGAUGAAACUCAUAUAUCUCAAAGUCUAAAGGAAUUUGGUAAACUUAUUGCAUCAAUAGAGGAUGAAAGGGAUCGCAUGCUUGAACGUGCUUAUGAUCAAAUUAUACUACCCCUGGAGAAUUUUAGAAAAGAACAUAUUGGUGGAGUCAAGGAUGGUAAAAAGAAAUUUGAGAAACAAACCAUUAAAUUUUGUCAAAGUCAAGAACGUUACCUAAAUUUGUCCACUAAAAAACAAGACAAUGUACUUCAAGAGGCUGAUGCAACAUUGGAAAUGGCUGAGAGACAUUUUUGUCAAGCUAGUUUAGAAUAUGUAUUCUUGCUACAAGAAGUACAAGAGCGAAAGAAGUUUGAAUUUGUUGAAACUCUAUUGGGUUUCAUGUUUGGUUGGUUGACUUUUUACCAUCAAGGUCAUGAAGUUGCAAAGGAUUUUAAGCCUUAUAUGACUGAACUGCAGUUAAAAAUACAGAAGACUAGAGAAAAUUUCCUUGCUACCCGGGAUAAAACAGAAUCGCUUAUGAAUAAAAUGAAGGAUAUGAAAAAGUCUGCUGUGGAAACCGGUGUCAACAAACUUUACACACGAGAAGGAUAUUUAUUUCUAAUGGAAAAAAAAGCAUUUGGUACAACAUGGACAAAGCAAUAUUGUACAUAUCAAAAAGACAAACAGGAAUUCACAAUGAUACCUUACAAUCAGCUAACAGGAAAGUUUAGUAGUAAAGAAACUUUUGAAUUGGCAUCGUGUGUACGUCGUACGUCAGAUACAAUUGAAAAACGAUUCUGCUUUGACAUCACUGCUGUCAAUAAGCCGAAUGUUGUAUAUACUUUCCAAGCACUUUCUGAAGAAGACAGGAAAUUAUGGUUAGAUGCCAUGGAUGGUAAAGAACCAAAUUGUCCUGUAGUUGGUGCAGCGACAAAAUCUGAAGGAAACGUCUUAGAGGAAACAUUUUCUGGUUCUUUAUUUGUAUCAAAAUGUAUUACUGCAUUGGAAGAAAGAGGUCUUGAAGAACAAGGCUUAUACAGAGUAGUUGGUGUUGCAUCAAAAGUAAAUAAGCUACUAGCGAUGGGAUUGGAUAGAAGGAAAUUAGAAAAACUUAACAUGGAUGAUCGCUUCGAAUGGGAAAGUAAAACUAUUACCAGUGCGCUCAAAACUUAUUUGAGGACAUUAUCUGAACCAUUAAUGACUUUCCGAUACUACAAUAGUUUCAUUUCAGCUGCGAAACAAGAGACGAAAGAAGCACGUAUAAAUGAUAUACACAAUCUUGUUUAUCAACUGCCGAAUGAGAAUUUAGAAAUGUUAAUUCUUAUUAUUGGACAUCUAUGCAGUGUGGCAAAGAAAAGUGAUAAAAACUUAAUGACUAUUAGCAAUUUAGCUGUAUGCUUUGGACCGUCUUUAUUAAGACCAGAAGAGGAAACAGUGGCUUCUAUUAUGGAUAUUAAAUUUUAUAAUAUUGUAGUUGAAAUUUUAAUUGAAAAUUAUGAGAGAAUAAUUGCUGGACCUCCACAAGAUACAGUACGCUCAAUGCCAGGCACACAAAAUACCGUUCCUUCUAAAUCUCAACGUGUCAAUGUCGAGGAUGGGUCAACGUCUUCUGGAAACGGCACUUCUUUCUUGAGACACCCAAUGCACACUAAUAUACCGUCACCACAUUCACAUCUUGUUACAAGAUCAUAUUAUGAUGGUCCAUUAGCGGUUGUUACUAAAUCAUCUUCAGUCGAUGAUCGAAAAAACGGAGAUUAUGAAGAAACAGAACACGCAAGUCACAGAAUGCCAACAUAUUUAGAUAGUCGAGGUGGCCGUGUCAAAUUAUCUAAUGCAAAUGUUAUCUACCAUUCUGCGGAUAAAGUAUUAACGAGUGGCAACACAAGUAGUUCAAAUGAGUCAGUUGCGUCUGAUCCACAUUCCUUUACAUCCGAUUUACCGGUAAAACAAAAGCGUGGUUCUAUGAUGUCUGUACAUUAUGCAUCGGGCUAUGCUCAACGAAAUAAUCCAUCAGUAUCUGUACCUAAUACAUCGCCCAGUAGUGGACGUUCAAGCCCUGGACAAGUACCUGGUAUUUGGAGAGUUCGUACCUUAUAUGCCUGUUUGGCAGAAAACGAUGGCGAGUUAUCAUUUGAACCAAAUCAAAUUAUUACAAAUGUAAAGGCCUCUUUGGAACCAGGAUGGUUAGAAGGCACACUAAAUGGCAAGACAGGAUUGGUCCCAAAGAAUUAUGUUGAACAAUUACCUUGAAUUUGGAAAACCAAAGAGUGCCUACAUUGUUUUUACAUUCCGUAAUUGUACAGACGCAAUGCCACAAUCAAGUCCCAUAGACCAGACGAUUGGAACUAUUAGUAUACUAGCUAAUACUAAGUACCAAAUACGUUGGCGGCGAACAAUCCUUAACGAAGUUUUACAUAUAUUUAUCGCCGUUUUCAAUGUUUCUGCAACGUCUACAUUCGUUGGUUGAGGCUGAGUUGACGGACCUGAAUAUUAAUUAAGCAUUAAAUAUUUAUAUCAAACAAAAGCUUAAUAUAUUACUAUACUUAUUAUCUUACCAGGACUAACAUUCAAAGCAGCCAUAACAGCUUCAUGAUCAGAGUAACUAAACUCUUUGUGAGGUACUCGUAUUGGGAAAGGAUGAUGAAAGUCUUGUACCUCUACCUAUAAAUAAUUGUUGUUAGUCAUACUGAACUAUGUUUAAUAACUCAAAUGCAUUACAAAAACUUAACAUACUUUGUAUAAUUUUGAGCUUAAAUACAAAAUAUAAUCUAUACGUUUUCCAUUGGGGAAUAGUCUUGCAACUUUA